UUUUCCUGCGAUAAUGGAUACAACCUUGUGGGUGAUGCUGACUCCACCUGCCGAGAUGAUGGUUCAUGGACCAGACCGGCUCCAACGUGUGACGUUGUGCGAUGCUCAUCAUUGUCUGCACCUCCCUACACUACCAUGUCUGGAUGCUAUGGGACCAGCUCGGAACCAUAUGGAAAGGUUUGUUACUUCGACUGCAACGCCGGGUACAAGAGGAAAACAGGGUCGCGGUCACGUCAGUGCAAGGCAGACGGCACUUGGUCGGGAACUGAACUUGAAUGUGAAGUGGAAACCUGCCCUGGUCUGUCGAUUCCACCCAAUGGUGCCAUCAGCCCCUCAACGUGCACUUCCGAGUCGCACUAUGGUACAGUCUGCCGUCUGAGUUGUAACGUGGGGUACCAAACAAGCGGACCGACAGAACAAACCUGCAACCCUGGUGGACUCUGGUCUGAUCAAGGCAAAACUACAACGUGUAUAGAUACACAGGCACCAAUGUUCAACAACUGUCCAUCAGACCAGACUCUGUAUGCAAGCCAAGGGGAAACAUCGGUAACAACCACAUGGACCGUGCCUACCGCAACGGAUAACUCAGGGGAUACUCCGACAGUAACUCGUGUUGAAGGAAAUGGACCAGGGUCUACAUUUGCCGAAGGAACACAUUCUAUCAAGUACACUGCUGUUGAUUCUGCUGGACGUAACAACGAUUGUUCAUUUAGGAUUACAGUGAAGGUGGUAUACUGUUCCGCAUUGAACGCCCCCUCGAGUGGAAGAACAACAUGUGACCAAAACGACAGGCGAUACGGCACCACAUGCCAGUUCCAGUGCAACCUGGGCUACCAACUGGUUGGGAAUGACACAAGCUCCUGUGAUAGAGAUUCCAGAAAUUCUGGAUUUUGGACCUCUCCAGCGCCAAGCUGCGAAAUUGUUACCUGCCCCAGUCUCACCACACCUGUGCAUUACACCAAGUCCGGAUGCAACAAAGCACAAGAGGACUACAACACUGUCUGCACCUUCUACUGUAACAAGGGAUACAGCCCAAAGGCUAGCAUUAAACGCACCUGCCAGCAGAAUGGAACAUGGUCUGGGUCAGCGCUAACGUGCACAGAUGUCACAAAGCCAGUGUUCCAUGGAUGUCCAAGUGAUGUCUACGUCACAGCUGAUGACGGAGAAGGGAGUGUUAAUGUUACAUGGACUCCGCCAAAUGCAACAGAUUCAACUGGCAUCGUCCCUACUGUUACAUCUACCGGUGUGAAAACGACAUUUGGUGAGGGGUCACACCAUGUUACCUACACGGCCGAGGACGGCGCUGGAAACAGAGCAAAGUGCCAGUUUGCUGUUGUGGUCACAGUACACCGCUGUAAAAUUCUCCCACCACCGGCUUUUGGACAGUUUGUGAGCACAUGCAGCAAUCUACGAGGAAGUAGCUGCAGUAUGGAGUGUCACACACGUUAUCGCCUCACCGGCUCGGCUACCAGAAGAUGUGUGGUGACAAACAAUGGCACAACUAGAUACUGGGACGGAGUAGAGACCAAAUGCGAAAUUUUCAGAUGCAGCCCUCUGUCCAAACCUUCUCAUGGGACCAUCACCCCAACAAGUUGCACCGUUCAGUCUGUAGCCGAGACACAGUGCACCUACCACUGCCUGCCUGGCUUCGAACUGCAAAAUGGCAUCAAAGCUACGGAAUGCAACGCAACAGGCCACUGGUCCCCUGGUGUGUCUUCUACACCUACAUGCAGAGAUGUUCAGCAACCAGUCUUCACCAGCUGUCCAAAUGACGUGUACCUAGAACCAGCUUCAGGUUCAGGAACUGUACUUGUAAACUGGGACAAACCAAGAGCUACAGACAACACCGCAGUAACCAUUACUGUGUCACCAAGCGGUACGGAGCCACCAUCCGUUUUCUCUAUUGGGACGCAUGAUGUCACUUACACUGCAACAGAUUCAGCUGGGCUGACAGCAACAUGCACCUUCAGUGUCACCAUCAGAGUACACGACUGUUCUUCGCUAAAUGCACCAGCCAAUGGCGCUCUUGCGUGCGGGUCUUGGUUCUUUGGGACGUAUUGCGAUCCAAACUGUGAGGAAAACAGUGACUUUCCAGCGGGGUACACGCCGUCUACGUACUACUGUGAUCCUUCAGGGAUAUGGGUCACAGUCUCAUCAUCGCCAAAUGCGAUAAAGCAAGGCACCAUCAACUUCUACUACAAUGGGGACUGUAGUGACCCUGUUGUACGGCAACAAAUCAAAGACAACUUUAUCCUUGUGAUCACCACAGAGUACACACUAGCGUGUAGAUAUGCUGUCCUGACAGAUCCUGCAAGUGGAGGUUGCAGCAUUGACAAUGUGUUUGUGACGUGCGGAACACGGUCAAAACGCUCCCUUUGGCAAUAUCUGUCGAGGAUGGUACGGCAGGCACCUGAUGAUGAAAUAGGCCUUGACUUCACCCUCACUGUCGCUCCUGGAAACGCAACCAUCAAUGAGACAACUUCUGAUUCGGUGGAAUCUGCACUGGCUACAAUGGAUAGUGUCUUUGAAGGUCUGAAGAAUGCUACUGACACAGGAGAACUACAGCUGGAAGUGGACGGAGAAGCGUUGGGAGCUGUUCCCAGUUCGUUACAGGAGAGCGAGGUUGUGCUUCAGUGUCCAACGGGAAUGGCAUGGAACAAUGACACUCAAAAAUGCGUCGGCUGCCCAGCGGGCUUCUACUUCAAUGAAGGCAACAACACAUGUGUGGACUGCCCUUUUCACUCAUACCAAGACCAACACAACCAGCUGUCCUGCAAGCCGUGCCCAGCUGGGACAUGGACGGAAGAUAUAGGAAGCAGAAACGACACCUACUGUAAAGAGAUGUGCCAGGCAGGAUGGUACUCCUCCACAGGACUCCAACCCUGUACAGAGUGCUCUCUGGGAACCUACCAGCCAAAUAAGGGCAACACAUCCUGCAUCUCCUGUCCAUCGUCACAAACUACCAACGCCACAGCUGCGACGUCUGCGGACUUUUGUUUUGAUCGGUGCCAAGCCGGAUAUUUCUCCCCGAAUGGCCUGGCACCCUGCACACCGUGUGAACAAGGGGAGUACCAGUCUGCACAGCAGAGUACAUCCUGUCUGCAGUGUCCACUGGGUUACACUACCGCGUCAGUAGCUUCAGACAGCAGUGCAGACUGUUUCAAUAUCGAUGGCUGUGCAUCUUCCCCCUGCGUCAACAGCGGUACCUGCUCCGACAGAAUCAACGCGUACUUGUGUCAGUGCCUGGACGGAUUUUUGGGAGACAACUGUGAGAUUGACAUCGAUGAGUGCUCGUCUAGUCCCUGUGUGAAUGGUACCUGUACAGACGGGAUAGACGGUUACACCUGCGUCUGCACCCCCGGAUUCACGGGAGAGGACUGCUCAACAGACAUUGAUGACUGUGAAGUGAACCCCUGUUCCAACGGGGCAGAAUGCAUCGAUGGAGUGAAUUUGUUCAGGUGCAAUUGUCUAAGUGGCUACAGUGGCGUUUUGUGCGACAUUGAAAUCGACGAAUGUGAGCCUCGUCCGUGUGCAAACAACGCAACCUGCACCGACCUGGUGGCCAGCUAUGUUUGUAACUGCAAUGCUGGAUAUACAGGAACACAUUGCGAGGAGAACAUCGAUGACUGUGACGUAUCACCCUGUGCAAAUAGUGGAACAUGCGCGGACGGUAUCAACUCGUACACAUGCCUUUGUAACGAAGGCUUCACGGGUGAUGACUGCGAAGUCAAUGUCGAUGACUGCGCAUCUACACCAUGUGCUAACAAUGGCACAUGUGUAGAUGCAGUGGCAGCUUACCUGUGCGAAUGUGUAUCGGGAUACGCGGGUACAAACUGCACUGAAGAUUUCGACGAGUGCUCGUCGUCUCCAUGUCAGAACGGCGGGACAUGCAAGGACAUGUUUGACUCGUACACAUGCACCUGCAACCAAGGCUAUACAGGAGUCAACUGUGAGGCAGAGAUGGAUCAUUGUGCCACCUCACCCUGCUCCAACGGUGCAACCUGCAUAGACAAACACUUGGACUUUGAGUGUCAGUGUGGUCCAGGAUACGAAGGUGUAAGCUGUGAAACAGAAAUCAAUGAGUGUGCCUCCAGCCCGUGUGUGAACAAUGGCACCUGUUAUGACCAGGUCGAUGGCUACAUCUGUCUCUGCAUGGACGAAUACACAGGAACAAAUUGCGAGUCCAUGUUUAGCCCAUGCGAGUCUACUCCCUGUCACAACGGAGCAACCUGCACUGAUAAGUACCCGGACUAUGAAUGCAUCUGCCCGACUGGCUAUGGUGGUUCAACCUGUAGUAUCAACCUACCAGAAUGUGCAUCCAACCCUUGUAACAAUGGUGGCACAUGUGUCGACGGGAUCGGCAACUUCUCUUGCAGCUGCCUGUCUGGUUUCGAAGGCGAACUUUGCGAGGCCCAGAUCAAUGAGUGUGAGAGGUCUGGCUGUGAAAAUGGCGGAAGGUGUACGGACACAUACGGUGGGUUCAAUUGCGACUGUCCACCGGGCUACAACGGAACGCGCUGUGAAGUCAACAUAGACGAUUGUGCAACGCACGGUUGCACAAAUGGUUCUGAAUGUGUUGAUGGGAUUGCAACAUACACCUGUAAUUGCUUGUCAGGCUAUACCGGCCCAACAUGUUCUGAGGAUGUAGAUGAGUGUUCCUCCAACCCGUGUCUGAACGCCCUGAACUGCAACAAUCUCGUCGAUGACUACAUGUGCGAGUGCCAAGAUGGCUUCACGGGGAAGAACUGUGAGAUCAACAUUGACGACUGUGAGAACGUCACCUGUCUCAAUGAUGGAGGGUGUGUGGAUGGAGUAGCCGGUUUCAUCUGCAACUGUCCUGAUGGGUUCAGUGGUGGGGUUUGUGAGAUCGACGUGGAUGAGUGCGCCUCAGACCCUUGUCAGUCCUCUGGAACCUGUAUGGAUGACGUUAACAGCUACAGCUGCCAGUGCCAGACUGGAUAUGCCGGAACCAAUUGUGAGCUGGACAUUGAUGAAUGUAUCAAUUCACCGUGCCAGAAUGCAGCCCCUUGCACCAACACACACGGGGAUUACAGCUGUGCUUGUCUCUCUGGGUACGAGGGGAAGGACUGUGACGUGAAUACUGAUGACUGUCAGGGACAUGCCUGCCAGAAUAACGGCACCUGUGUGGACCAGCUCAAUAACUACACAUGCCUAUGUGCAGCAGGGUUUACAGGUGACCGAUGUGAAUCUGAUGUUGAUGACUGUGACUUCAAUUCCUGUCAAAACGGAGGAACAUGUGUGGACGGCCUCAACAGUGUCACUUGUCAAUGUGCUCCCGGAUACCACGGUGACUUCUGUGAGACAGAGACCGAUGAUUGCGCAGCCCUCCCCUGUCAAAACGACGGCAGCUGUACAGACAUCGGCAGUGACUAUCGGUGUGACUGCAUGAUGGGUUUCAAUGGGAAGGACUGUGAAAUGAACAUUGAUGACUGUGUCGGACACAUGUGCAGGAACGGAGCUGAUUGCAAAGAUGGAGUCGGAAGCUACACCUGUACGUGCAGACCAUCGUUUACUGGAACCUAUUGUGAGACAGAGCUGUCGUCAGACUUUGACCUGGUCUUCGACGGUAGCGUGGAUGGGUACAGUUCAGCCAGCUACAACAUUCCUGACAUGACUGCUGUAACGGUGUCCUUUUGGAUGCAGACCACUGACCGUAGAAACUACGGUACCGCGUUCUCAUAUGCCCUGAGUGAAGAAGUUGGGAAUGACAACGCCAUGACGGUAUCUGACUACACCGCCUUCACGGUCUAUGUCAAUGGCGAGGCAGCCUACAGCACGCAUGGAAUCCAGGACGACAACUGGCACCACAUCGCUGUGACAUGGGCAAACAGUUCUGGCCAGUGGAAGCUAUUCGAUAAUGGAAUCCUUGUCGAUGAAGGCAGUGGACUUGGCAUUGGCAAUACUAUAUCAGGUGGUGGUCUAGCUGCUGUUGGUCAGGAGCAGGACUACCUCGGAGGUGGUUUCACCCCGGAUGAGGCCUUCAUUGGUUCCCUACAUGGACUGAACUGGUGGAGCCGGGAGUUGUCUGACAGUGAGAUCACGGACCUGGCAAUGAGCUGUAACCACUCCCUGCGUGGUGACGUCAUGACCUGGGCAGACUUUCUACUGAACGUGGAAGGAAACACCAAUGCAACGGCCCAGUCAGUGUGCGAUGAUACGAAAGAAUGCCUUUCAUCGCCAUGUGAAAACAACGCCACCUGCACGGACUACCUCGGGGGAUACCGAUGCACCUGUCUUGCUGGGUUCACUGGUGUCCACUGCGAAGUCAACAUCGAUGAGUGCAUCGAGACGACAUGUGACAACGGAGGAACGUGUGUUGAUCUGGUGAACGACUUCUUCUGCUCCUGCCCACCUGCCUACCACGGCAAGAACUGUGAGCUGGACGUCACCACCUGCAGCCCGGACCCGUGUGAGCACGGAGGCAACUGCACCGACUCUGGAGGGGGCACAUACUCCUGUUCGUGCAGCCCAGGGUACUCUGGAAAUGACUGUGAAGUGGACGUUGACGAAUGCUCUUCAGGCCCUUGCACCAAUGGUGGCACCUGUGUCGACAUGGUCAACGAUUACUACUGUGACUGUCCUAACGGCUUCUUCGGACAGAACUGUGAUGGAGAAGUGGACUACUGUGAUCCCAACCUUUGUCAACAUGGCGGGACCUGCCAACCAAUCACCGAUGAUUACAAUUGCACCUGCUCUACAGGUUACAUGGGCUACAACUGCGAGAUCGACAUUGACGAGUGUGAAGGAGUCGAGUGCAUGAACAACGGCACAUGUGAGGACGGGAUAGCAUCCUACACCUGUGCGUGUGUGGACGGCUUCACCGGUACACACUGUGGUACGAACAUCGACGAGUGCCAGGGCAACCCGUGUGAAAAUGGCGGCACCUGCGUUGAUGGUGUUGCGGCCUACACAUGCAACUGUCCAACUAAAUUCACAGGUGACAGAUGCCAGUUGGUGAUUCUCCCCAUCCUCCCUCAGACAACGGAGGCUUACAGCUCCACGGGGCAGACACCAACGCCGUCGCCCGAUACAUCAGAUACCGGCGGAAUAUCUGAACAGAAUUCCAUCCCGAUCAUUGCAGGGUCCGUCGCAGGUGGUGCCAUAGUUGUCCUAAUUGUGGCCGGUUUGGGCUGGGUCUUCUUCAAAUCCCCCACCGCAGCGUCAAAGAUCACAGGUCUGAAGUAUGUGAGACCUCCAACCCCUAAAGUUGGCGUGGUAGAUGACGCGAUGGUUCUCUUCUCACUUUCAACAAGUGACCGUGCCUAUGUCCCUGUUCGCGCCAAGGAAAACCCGUGCAUCAUCGUGGAGGACUUGACUUAAAAAGCAAUAGGCAGCGUUCUUGAUACAAACACGAAUUUGCUACUGUAACAUCAAUUUGCAUACCGCAUGGAAAAAUGUUGUCUGUGAUUGAUAAAAGGAAUACCUACAACAUUUCUUACUCCUGUAUAUUUUACCCGCUGGUAUCAAAAUAUAAUCCUAUAAUCUGGAUUGUGUGCUUUUUUUUUCAAAUGUUGGUGUUGAGUAGCUGUACAUUGUUAGAUUUUUUAGGACAACGAUGUACAUAUGUGGUACCGGUAAUCCAUGUAUCCUUCAAUAUAUUCCUUGGACGGACGAGUACUGCUUUCUAGUACAGCAAUUCACUUCGUCCUCAGCUUCUAAAAACGGUUUCCAGGGAGUUGCUCAAGCUUUCAAUCCAGGGCAACAUAUAUCGUCACUUACGGCUAAACCUUGAGACAUGUGAAUGCUGUGGAUUUCAUAUGGUUUGACCCUUUUGUUAAUUCCAUGUAGAAAAGAGUGAUUUGCUUCUUGUAAGAAUAGUCCAGAGGCAGAGUGAUAUAUAUAUAUAUGUGUGUGUGAACUAAUAGCAUAAUUUGGUGUGAUUUCA